CGGGAGCAUCGUGUCACUUCUCCGCGGUGUGUCGCCCCGUCGUGACCUGUUGUCUCCUGGACCUUGUACUUAUUUACUUACUCUCGUACAAUAAUCCCCCCACCACUACCCCGGGCUCGGGCUGCGAGCACGCUCCUCCGUAAACGGUCCUCGCAGUCACGUCAUUCGUGUUCGUGGUACACACAGGAUCAGGUGUCCGAGCGUAGGCGGUCUGAAUUUCGUACUCCGUCAAGUCCUUCUACAAGCAUUCGUUCAUAGUGCUUCGUUGCGCGUGGCUGUGACACGAACUGGAGCUUAAAGUGCUAUCUUCGAAACGGGAUACCUUAAACAGCCGGGAGUAGUAACCGGAAAAGGUGCUAGUGACUCUGAUACGGAUCGUGCGCUACCGGAUGGAGGAACGGUACAUACGCGGGUCGGUAGCGAGAAGCGGAGGCUGACGUUCCCCCGAUUGAUUCAAUAACGAUCCGUAGAACAAUUUCUUUUCUGUACUUCGUGUGACACUUGGUUUCAUGCGAGUUGAAAGAUCCGAAAGGGUGUUCGGAAGUAUAGUAAUUGAGUGACGAUCGAGAGAUUCGGAUCGGGUCGGGCGAGUGUGGUGUGCACGGUGAAGCGGGAUCGUGUUAAGUGUAACGCACACCGUUUUCCUUUGGAUGUUAAGUGCCGGAACCGACCUUGAGACUUCCAUGAGUCGGCCACGACGCUGACGCCGAGGGAAGCAUGGAUUACUCGAUGAAAGUUACUCUGAAGAGUGGCCUCGACCAGGAACACGAGAAGGAAGCGCAAGUUGAUGCUGCAUCAUCUCCAUCGAGCGCCGAGUUACCGGAAAGCGCGUAUCCCUGUCCAGCGUGCCCGACAGUUUUGCCGAGUUCCCGGGAACUGACUAACCACCUCCGCAACCACCAUUCGCCACGCAGCACCGACUGCAGCGGUGAGGAUGAGUAUUCCUGCAGGGUAUGCAACAAGGUGCUCAGCUCAGCAAGUUCCUUGGACAGGCACAUGCUGGUGCACUCCGGAGAGCGUCCGUUCAAGUGCAAGUAUUGCGACAUGGCGUUCACCACCAACGGGAACAUGAACAGGCACCUGCGAACGGCGCAUUUGGGCGCGUCGCCUCACAGCUGCACGGACUCCGAGGGCAGUAGCGACUCCGAGAGGCCGGCGAAGAGGCGACACAUAGAAGAGUACAACAACAACGAGGUCACCAAGAGGAACUCGCCGAACUUCAUGGGUAGACGCGAGGGAGGAUCACCGACCUUGUCGAGCGGCCAGAAAAGUUAUCCAAACGACAACGCGGGCCAAAAGAGGCACAAGACGUUGCUGAACAACUCGAGGAUCGAGACGAAAUCGAGGCCUGAGGACUUCCUGAUCGCUUACGAUUGCCCCGUCUGCGGCAGAUCGGAUUUCGCGACCAGCGCCCUGCUGGAGUCGCACCUGGAACGAAGCCAUCCAGACUUCCCCCCGAAGUGCGAACCGUGCAAUCUGUCUUUCAAGAGUCACAGAGUACUGAAUUUGCACCGGUUUAUGUCCCAUUUCUCGGAGCACGCGAUAGCGAAUUCCACGAGAAACUCGAGAAACUCAGUGGUAGGCUUUAAAGAUCUGACGUUCGUUGACUUCUCAUCCGGAAAGUUCCCAACGAUAGCCAGGGCAGUCUGCGAACAGUCGUUGCACCGGCCGGCCUCGGGCGAGGUCGCAAAAUUCCAGUGCUCCAAGUGUCUGUACGCGUUCCCAUGCAGAUCCGCGUUGAACGACCACGAGACCGACUGUGGCACGGCCAACUCUCAGAUGAAGACGAGCGACGACAACCAAAGUAGAAGAGACGACUUCUUCGCCGGUUUGGAUCUGCAGAACAAGGCCAAACAAGGAAAGGAUUUCGCCGAUAUUCAGAGCAUGAUAUCAGUCACGUCCGGACCUAUCCUGCAGAAUUUCCCGCGAUCGGACGCCAGCACACCUGAAAGCAAUAUGAAAUUCAAUCCCAGUCUCAGCUCGUCCGGCUCUUCAGGAACUUACUCGUCGGAAUGUCACGAAGAGGAGGCGCAAGAUGCGUUCGCAGCUGAAUUUAGGAGAAUGAAAUUGAAGGGCGAGUUUCCGUGCAGACUCUGCUCUGCUAUAUUUCCUAAUCUGAGAGCUCUGAAAGGGCAUAACAGGGCGCACAUGGGUGUCGCACCAGGCAUGCCGUAUCCUUGUAAUAUGUGUCCGUACACCAGUGCCGAUAAAGCCACUCUGGUCAGGCAUCUGAGGUCGCAUAACGGAGAUAGGCCAUACGAAUGUUCUCUGUGUAACUAUGCCUUCACUACCAAAGCCAACUGCGAGCGCCAUGUCAGAAAUCGUCACGGGAAAUUGACCAGGGAGGAUAUCAAGAGCGUCCUCAUUUAUCACCCGAACGAAGACUCGACGAACGAAAGCGUCGAACGAAGCUCGCCGAGAGUACCGAAAGACGACGUCAGGAAGAGUCUCAUCUAUCCCGCGGAGCGAGACGAGCCCCAGCAUCCGGCGCAGAUGCACUAUCCGUCGGUGCCGAUGGAGGCCAGGGGUGAAAUCCGGAUAAUCGAAGAGGCGAAACUGCACAACUCAGCGAUCCCGAUGCACAAUCACCAGUUCGAGAAGGGCGACGCGUUCCCGAGGCCGGGGCAGCCGAUCGAGCUGACGCAACGAAUUCGUGAAGAUGACGUUAUGAAACCCGGCUGUCAGGACACGAAGUCGGAUUACUUGAAGCUGGACGACGACUUGGAGUCGAGGUCGUCGGAGGGCAGCGUCUCUCUAGUCAGUGAUACCAAAUCAGAAUCACACCAAAGAAUGCAUGCUAGUCCGAUGAACCUGAAGAAGAGUCGGAACAUGUCCGAAAGCGCCGGGGAGGACGGUCCAUUAGAUCUGUCAAUGGACGUACUCGAUCUCAGCAAGAAACGGAAGAAGGAGGAAAGUGACUUCGCCGCUCAGGAUCAAUUCGACCAGAGCCAAAAAGAUCUGUACAAUGCAAGCCAACUGCUAUUGACCGAGGCACUCCUGAAAGCUGGCCAGAGCACCUCGCAGUCACAGCUGCAUGUCCUGUACGCCAACACUCUUUAUAGAAACUUCGAACGAAUGGGGCCGUUCCAGCCCACCGUCGGUGCUGGAAUUUUACCAUCGUACAUGUUCAACCCUAACGUAUUCGGCCAGGACUACUCGAUGAAGGAAAGGCUGCAGAAGGAGUUGGUAAGAGGAUUACAGCUAACCAGCGGUGGUACAUUGGUUGAACCUAUAAUUAACUGCAAGCCUCUUACGUCUGGUUUCGAUGCGUUUCCCCAAACAAGAGAUAUCAACGCGCAGUCCGCAAACGAGCAAGGAAAUUACGCGAAACUGAUGGCCUCUAAAUUGCAGAACAAAGGGAUGCCGAGCCGCGAGAAGACGGGCAGCUUGUCAUCCACGAAUUCUGUCAGGAUGGUCAUCAAAAACGGAGUCCUGAUGCCGAAGCAAAAACAGAGACGGUACAGAACUGAGAGACCGUUCUCAUGCGAACACUGCUCAGCAAAAUUCACCCUCAGAAGUAACAUGGAGCGGCAUAUAAAGCAGCAGCAUCCGCAGUACUGGACCCAGAAGCCCAGAGGAGGCCACUCGACGAGAGGAAGACCACCAUCGAGUCACCCGACGUUACUGCAGAACCUCGGACAGCCUCCGUCUCAAGUAACCCAAUCAUACAGUAGCAUUCUGCCAAAGAUCGAACAGUCAUCGAACGCGGAAUAUCCAAAGCAUCCGAUUUCGGAUCAAGUCAAAUACGCCAUCCUUGCUCAGCAGUUGAAGAGUAACAAAGUUGAGGAGAAUGAUUCCGAAGAAGAACUAGUAAUAGAUGAAGACAUGCAUGAUAAAGAUAACCAGGAAUCUCAGGAACAGAAAGAGAAGAGUUUGUUGCGGGGACAACUGGAAGACGCGGACGUUACUAACGAGUCUGCGGCGAGGGAAGAUGAAACGGAGAGCCAGAAAGACAUCUCGGAAAAUAUUACUACGGAAUCUGUGAAGAACGACGAUGCUGAGAACGAGAAGGCGUCUGACGGUGAAAAAUCAAGAGAGAAGAGUCCCAACAGGGUUUUCAACUCUGAGACAGUCGAGGUGAAACAAGAGAAAGUCGAGGACGGAGCCGACCUGGCGAGUGUGUCGGAACUGCUGGACAACGCGUCACAGCAGUAUCAACAGUUUCAGCCGCAGUACCUGAGCGACGAGGACGGCCUGGUAGCGUCGAACAGCGAUUGCAACAAUUCAGGCAGCGAUGAAAAAUCAGACUCGGUGAAUUCAUUAAACUCGGUGAACGACUCAUCGAAGAAAAAGAAGAAAAAAAAGAAGAAGUCUGCAUACUCGAUGGCGCCAAAUCGUGUCAUCUGUCCAUAUUGCGAGAGGCCGUUCCCCUGGACUUCGUCCCUCAGGCGUCACAUCCUCACACACACUGGCCAGAAACCGUACCAGUGCGUUCACUGCUCCCUGUUGUUCACCACCAAAUCGAACUGCGAUCGUCAUCUACUGAGGAAGCACAAGGCAAAUCCGAACAAAAUGCGCAGAGCGAGGACCGAGAGUUCGUCACCGGAUUCUCAAGUAGUCGUCAACAACAGCUCAUUCUCGAUGAGAAACGUCCCCGAGAGGCCCUAUAAGUGCAACCAAUGUCCGAGCUCAACUUUCUCGACGUUGGGCAACCUGAAAAAACAUCGUAAUACGAAACACGCGAGGAAAUCGCGCUCAGACACUCCUUCCAGCGAGCCUCACAAUAGUCCCCCGGGGUGCUCGAAACAAAACAACGAACAAAGCGACUAUGACAGCCAGUCAUCGAGCGCGUCCGAGGGUUUGGAGACCUCGUCGUUGCCGGGAACUUCGAAGUCGAGCAUGAAUCGAGGUAAUAACGACAUGCCUAAAUCGAGGAAAACCUCGCCGAGAUCAUCACCAGGGCCCGGCGAAGCGGCCUUCAAAUGCUAUUUGUGCGAUUGCGGCUUCGCCGAUAGGCAGGGCUGCGUAGAACACAUCAGGAUCAGCCACGAAGCGUCUUACGAGAUGCUGGAGGCGAAAGGAGCAUUGGACAUGGCCCUCGACGGACAGGACCAGUUGCAGCCACGACCGUCGCGUCAGCAGCAUGCCAGUGACAUUGAAGAGAAGAGAGGCCGCUUCCCAGACUACCGCAACAGAAAGGUGGUAUGCGCAUUCUGCAUAAGGCGGUUCUGGUCCGCGGAGGACCUGCGUCGUCAUAUGAGGACCCACACCGGUGAGCGGCCCUUCGCCUGCGACAUCUGCUACCGAAGGUUCACCCUGAAACACAGCAUGCUGCGGCACAGGAAGAAGCACGAGUCCAUCGACUCGACGAUGUACGUCGGGACCAGCGGCGAUGAGGACAAUUCACCGACCCAACCGCCGACGACGCUGCGUAGUCAGCAACAACCACCGACUUCAGUGGGCACCGGAAGCUCUCUUACGCAGGACAGAAUCUCUUUGCCGAUCGUUGCCUCAGUGGCGACCGGUGAUGCGGCGCCAAAUGAAUUGAUUCAGUUCAAUCCGUACGAGAGUCUGACUUCGCUUGCACGUAAUCUAGCCAGGAUCCCACAGCCGCCAGACGUGCUCGAAAACCAAGACAACGAUUUGAUCUCCAAUAUGCUCGGUAUAGAGGAUAAGGACUUGAUAGAACAAGCCUUACAGGCGUCCGCCGAUGAUGCCGCCAAAUUGCUGGGAGUAAAACACAGUCAAGAGUGACGUUGAAUAACAUAAAUUAAUAAUAAAAUAAUCAUGUAAAAAUAUCAUCUGGAGAAAAUAUACUUCAAAUUAGAGAAGAAGAAAAUGAAACCAUGAUUACCUCCCUCCAAUACCAGCUCUAAAAUAUCAAUUUUCUUCAUCUCUCAGCAGAGAAGAAUCUUCAGAUGAUAUUUUUCAAUUACUAUAAAUAUUUAAGAUCUUCACGUGAGGAACGUAAAGUAAAAUUUAACAGCAAUAUCCUUUACGUUUACUGUUCUUUAACGUUUUUUUAAUUAGACAUACAUAUUUAUGUGAUAAAAAUUAUUUCUUCUAUAAUAGAUUAAGAAAUUGCAAGCAGUGUGCGUGCAAUUAGUAAAAAUCGCGUAAUUAUUCCGUAGCUUUAAUUCGUAUAACGUCUGCUUAUGUUUUGCACUUAUGAAUGAAUGCAAUUACUAAAAAUCUCAUCAAGCUCUGGAGCAAGUAAAGAGUGGAACACGUACACAUCGUUAUUAUGACACUGUAUCGCAGUCACAAAUUAUGUACAUGACUUUAUAUCUAAGUUUUUUCCCCUUGAAUGACAAAUAAACGUGUGAUAGACAAGUAAAUAUAAUAAUGUUAUAUACAGAAUUCCCAAUAUAGAUGCGUUUCAAUAAGGCACUUAUAUCAGGCGUAUGCGUAGCUAUCGAUUCUGGGAACGUAUCAUAUUAUAUUCAGUCAAUCCGCAUUUACUAGUAAUGUUCUACGGCUGAAAAAUGUUACACAUAAUGUUAUGUACGUACAUAAUUCACAACUGCGAUACAGUGUCUUAACAUUCAUACCUAUGCAUUCCUCCCUGGAACAUCCUCGAGAGCUUGAUAAGAUUUUUACUAAUUGCAUUCAUUGAUAAAUUCAAAACAUACAUUAGAUGAAUUUAAGCUAAGGAACAAUUAUUAUUCCGCACGUGUAAAUGAUUAUGUUGUAUCCUUGUUUACAAACUUUACC